AUGAAAUUUGUUAAUACCCUAUCAUUACUAGCUACUGUAGCAGUUACUUUGGCUGCCCCAGUUAACAUAACUGAAACCUCUGAAACUUCUAAAGCUACAAUUCCAGCCGAAGCUAUUAUUGGUUACCUAGAUUUAGAAGGUAAUAAGGAUGUUGCUUUGCUCCCAUUCCACAACGAAACUUCUAAUGGUCUAAUGUUUGUCAACACUACUAUUAUUAACAGUGCCCUUGCAGAAACCGAAGAUGAAGAUUUGGUGAAAAGAGAAGCUGAGGCUUGGCACUGGUUGGAACUAGACUGGGGUCAACCAUUAUACAAGAGAGAUGCCAAUGCUGAUGCUGAUGCCUCUGCUUGGCACUGGCUUGAAUUGGACUGGGGUCAACCUCUAUAUAAGAGAGAAGCUGAAGCUGAUGCUGAUGCCUCUGCUUGGCACUGGUUGGAAUUAGAUUGGGGUCAACCUCUAUAUAAGAGAGACGCCAAUGCUGAUGCUGAUGCCUCUGCUUGGCACUGGCUUGAAUUGGACUGGGGUCAACCUCUAUACUAG